UAUCACGGAUUGCCACUCAUCUCCCACGACUGCCGCUAUUAACAUCACCCAAUAGUCUAAAAAAAAGAAAACCUGACAUUCUGAAUUGGAGGGAAAGAAGAGAAAAAAACAAACAAAAGAAAGGGGUGUUCCAUUUUGGAUUAAAACAGAGAUGGUGAAGAAAUUGAUGUAUGUAAUCGCUCUUCCAGCCUCGAAUAAUACAGCCAACAGCGGCAGGUGUCAUUCACUCCAGGGUUAUGACAAUAACAAGGAAAAGAAAAGCAACAUGACCCUACACCCACUUGGCAGCAGAAAGGACGAGGAAGCGAAUCUUCUAACAGAAAACACUUUACACUACCGUUUUACCAACAGUCAAUUUUCUAAUAAAGUGGAUGAGGAGGGAGGCCAAAGUAAUACCAAAUGGAAAAAGGGUGGGUUAGAGGUUGAAUACUCUUCUUUGAAUCUGGACCAGAAUUAUAAUUAUAAUAAUACAGACUCCACAUCACGACAACAACAGCCUGAUGCCCCUAAACAGAUUGAGAACUUUGUAACCGAUAAUACUCAUGGUAAGGGGGGUGCAAUUAUUUUGAAUCGUAAGGGCAACAUCAAGAGAGUAAACCUUUAUUCCACAAUGGAGGAGCAUCUCAGAGCGAAUUUACACGAGAAGGAGGAUAAAGUUUCUAUAAAGAAUAAGGAGGGUUUUGAUGCAAUUUCUCCCAAUGAUCUUGAUGAUAAUCCCUUUGCCCAAUAUGCGUACACAGGUGAUGGUGGUCAUUUAGGUGACAGAUUUCGGCUUUCAAACUCUAAUAAGACGAUCAACUCCAAAGAAAAGCAAGACCCUGUUAGCAGUAAAAUUGCAUCUCCAUAUUUUCCUAAGGCAGUGGCAGAAUUAGACAUCUCGAAUUUUUUUGAUCAGAAGAUAACGUCACCCUCCUAUCAUCAAACAACACCUAAAGAAAAGGAAAAAUUUGUUGGCAGUCAAACCGUUAAACUGUCACCCUACUUCCCCAACACAGUGACAGUGAAAGAAGGCUCCUCCAUUGCUGUUGGUCAUCAGAAGAUGUCACCCUAUUGUUCCAAAAUGACACAGGAGAAAAUACAAGGCCCUGCUGACAGUCAAAUUACCCCAUCCUAUAUCUCCAUGGCUGUGCCAGCAAGCGAUGUCUCUCUUCCUUUUGAUCAGACAAUGUUACCCUCCUACUCUCUAUCAGCACUAAACGAAAAGCAAAACUCUGGCAUUCAAACCAUGAGAGUGUCACCCUACAUCCCUAAUGUAGUAACAGAAAAAGAAGGCUUCUUUGCUGUAGGUCAUCAGAAGAUGUUACCCGAUUAUACCAACAUGACACUAGAAAAAAAAUCAGGCCCUGUUUGUAGUGAAGUCAAGUCACCUCAUUCCUUUAAGGCAGUUCCAGAAAAAGACGUCUCUGUUUUAGUUGACCAGACAAUGUCGCACUCCAAUUCUCAAUCAUCACUAAACAAAAUGAAAAAUUCUGUUGGCAUUCAGAUCAGAAGAGUGUCCCCCUACUUCCCUGUCGCAGUAACAGAAAAAAAUGAUGAUCGAACUGUGAAGGUGUCACCCUACUUUUCCAAGGCAUUGUCAGAAAAAGUGGGAUCCGUUCAGAAGAAACAACCCUCCACUGCGGAGGGAAAAGGGUUACACUACAUUAUCAAGACUGUAAUAGUAAAAAAAGGAUUUUUUCGUGGUGGCCAGAACAAAUCACGCUCCACCAUGAAGGUGAAAUUGUCACCCUACUUUUUGAAUGGAAGCUGCAAGAUACAGAAAAUGGUUCAGAAGAAAGGAACCCUAACUGCUGCCCAAAGGCGAGAUGAGGCUUACAAAAAGAAGACUCCAGAUAACACUUGGAGGCCCCCGCGAUCCUAUUAUCAUCUCAUUCAGGAGGAUCAUGUCCAUGAUCCGUGGAGGGUUGUGGUUAUUUGUAUACUUCUAAACAGAACACAAGGCGUGCAGGUUAAAAGGGUGAUAUCGGAGUUCUUUUCCCUAUGCCCAGAUGCGAAGACUGCUUUAGAGGUUCCACUAGAUGCAAUUCAAAGGGUUAUAAAAACACUUGGGUUUCAUAUAACAAGGACAUGGAGGAUCCACAUCUUUUCUCAGGAAUAUCUAUAUAAAGACUGGACACACAUCACCCAACUACAUGGCGUUGGGAAGUAUGCGGCAGAUGCAUAUGCAAUAUUUGUUACAGGGCAUUGGAAUCGUGUGAGACCCAAUGAUCAUAUGCUAAACAAGUACUGGAAUUUUCUUCAUCUUAAUAGGAAUUUAUUGAUGACACAUGCAAAGCAGUCCGAGUAAAGUUACGGUAUCAUAUGGCUAUCAGUUUACAUUGGUUGUUCUCCGCAUGUAGCCAUUGAUUUUGUAUUACGGCUUAAGUAGUGCCGGUUUUAUGGAAAAUUUAUUAUUAUGUUUGGCUUGCAUGUAGUAACAAGACCAAUCUUUGGAUUACAUUAAAUUUAUGUUAUUAUUUGGUAUGGUAAUUUGUAUGAAUAUACCUGUUAUUUUGAAUGAAAGAAGUUUUAUC